AUGGGCUCUUCAAGCGGUGGUCCCGAAUUCUAUCUCGGCCCCUAUUUCCAUCCCAACCCUGAUAGGUAUGAAACUCUAUGGCGCCAUAGCCGCACAAUACCGUGGUGUGUGAUGCCGUGGUGUGUUUAUUGCGGAUAUGAGUUCAAGAUUAGUGAUCGGAUAUUACACAACGACGGUGAGCUACAAUACUUCUAUAGUGUCAUUAAUACAUAUGUACUUGUCUGUCUACUAACUACAGGGUGUGAAGAACGGAGCAUAACCUGGGUGGUAACAAGGCUUUCUCUCACCUUGAGUAAUAAGCCCGAAUGGGAGGUCAAAUGUCAGCCCCAGCUUCCUGCAAUUCGCAACAAGCGACGUUUUUGCGCAUGCGGCCUCUCUGGAAUCCCCAGGUGCGAGUACAAAUACCCUGGCGCCCCUGUGUGCCACAGAGCUUGUCAUGAUAUACUGUCACCAGCUAUGUUUGGUAAUGCAUAUCCUACCGUGGUCGAUUACUGGAAGGUCAGACGGCCAGGUUUCAAACCCACCACGUCUGAUAGUCGACGGAGACAUGCUUUCAUAGAAGAAGAUCUUGUUUCAGUGCUUGCAGGGUGCAUUCGGAAACUACCCGCGGAACUGCUUUAUCAAAUUGCGGGCUAUGGAUCGUCCGCUUAUGCCACCACUCAGCUCAGAACACUAAUGGCCAAACAGGAGCCUCGGGAUACAGUGUUCGACUUAAGAAAGGACAUCUGGGCCGAAUACGUUGACUUUGAGGGUCAAACAUACAUCCGAGCGCUCUCCAACACGACUCUUGACAUCCUCGACGGGGUGUUCAAGGGCACCUGGAAGCUCAUGUUCAGUAACAAGCAAUACCGGUCUUCACAGACAAUGCUGAUUGAAAUGUCUGCCCUUGGGAUCCGAAGGAUUAUAUUCACGGAUGAUUCGUCCAGGCCCGAUAUUGAACAAAAGCCGGAUAUAUGGUGGCAAGCAAUGAGGUUUCGAGACGGACCAUUUGUCGUCGCAGAGACAGAUGGUGUCAAACUACGCUGCUUAACGUUCGAAUCUGAAAGGUUCAAUCGUGUCAGUGCUCAUUCCAGUCCAAACGUUAUGUGGCCCACGCCAGCCAAAUAUGAUCACUACCAGCUGUUAUCUGUAACCUCUCAAAAAACUCCGACACCGAGAUCACAUCUCCCCAGACAUCCACGGCGAAUGGACUCUGUCGACCUACAAAGUCCCGACAUACUUGGGCUCUCAUUCGCCGUCUACCUGAACGGCGAAGGUCGCGCUCGUGGCCGCUUCAUCAUAAAUAUCCAUGCACACUUGCCAGGAGAAAGUCAUAUCUUCUAUCGGGAGAUUGAUAGAAAGGCGCCAGGUCAAAUAAUAUGCCUGUACAUCCCCUUGGAGCCACAGGAGGUCAUCACUGAGAUUUGGGCUUUUAACGAAGCAGCAAUGGAUUCCGUCACCCAUGCGAACAAUGGCCUUCCUCCUCCGCUGCCGGAGUUGAGGUCGUCGGAGCCGUCUUACACAAACUGGCAGCUUGUUUUCAAAACAAGUAAGGGGCGCUUUCAUCAGAUCGGAUCGGCCAGACAUGCCCAAAGUACCCGGUGGAAGCUGGUCCAUAGCUCAAGCCAAGGUCUAAAGCGGAUGUUUUUCGAACACAUUGACGACACACAACUCUAUGCAUUGAGUCUUGGAUUUGGACGUAGCGAUUCUGGGCAUGUGGCCGCCAGGGCUAAUGAGACUCAGUCGCAGGCUCAUCCAACAUUAGAUUGGCCUCAUCCGCCUCAUCAUCAUCAUCACCGUCAUCAUCAUCACUGCUCCUCCGCGGUGCUCGACGGCGUCAUUGAAGUGACAAAAUGCCUACGGAUACUCAACAACGGCAACCCGUCUAGCUCCGAGAAGUACACCUCGGGGCUUCUACUGCGCUAUCAAGAUGGGCACGUGGAGAGCCUCGGAGAAGCCCGUCUUGAGUUCACGAAAAGCUGCAAAGUUCUCCCAACUGAUGUCAUCCGCUUCAUAUUCCAGCAUUACUGGGUCAAAUUCUGCACGGUCGGCCCAGCCCGGGGAAACGAUGGACCAGACGCGGAAUAUGUCGAGAUACCCAUGAGUGGUACUCUUCACUGGUGCUUUCAUAAGCAGGAGGCUUUGCUCAGGCACAACGAGCAGAGGAUUUCCCCAAAGAUUCACCCAAUGCUGCAAUAG